UAUCUGCUGGGGAAUUCCCGGUUCGACAUUACGCGCUUAAAAUUACCGGCGGAAUCUCAUUUCCAGUGUAAGCUUCAAACCGAAUAGACGUUUUUUUGUGGAGGUGCGAUUACAACUACAAUGGGUCGAUCACUUAUGUUGGCAGUUUUUUGGCUCCUGGUAGCUGGGACACUCGUUUCAGCCGAAAUAUUAAUACAAUGUUCGGAAGAUUUGAGUUGUCGUUUAUUGGGACGUGAUUCUAACGCUAUGGCACGUAAAUUGUACCAGCAAAGCAAUGUUCGAAAUGUGGAUCUGCAUGGAAAUUUGUUGGAUACUUUCGAUACCAAUAUUCUCGGGAGUUUGCGCUACCUGCAAUCAUUGAACAUAUCGUUCAAUUUGCUGCAGGAUAUUGCGUUGCACAAUUUGCAGUUGGAAACCAUUGAUAUUACUUACAAUAAUAUAUCCACAGUGUAUGUUGCAGCUUCCGUGAAAAAUUUGUAUGCCAAACGAAAUCAGUUGCAUAGGAUUCAAGUUGCUCCCGGAAGCCAUAUGACGAAUCUAGUGCUAUCGAUGAACAAAUUGGAAAAUUUGGACAAAUUAGGUUCAAUGCAAUCACUGGCUUUUCUCGAUCUAUCCUGCAAUUUGAUCAUGCAUGUAAAUUUUGACGAUAUUAAUACGUUGACAUCGUUGGAAAGUUUGAAUUUAGCCAAUAAUCGCAUUACCCGAUUGUCUGGGCAGCUGAGCAAUCGGAAACUCAAACACAUCGAUUUGUCUAACAAUUGGUUAGUAGCAAUUGACACGGGUUUCCAAAAUGUCGUUGCGUUAGAGACGUUGUUGCUACAAAAGAAUCGAAUUGCCUUUAUUGAAACAACACUCAGCCCUUCAGUAAAGUAUGUUGGUUUGUCUGGAAAUGACUGGGAUUGCAAAAAACUAAGCAAUUUUCUAAGUGGAAAGCGAUUUGAACAUGAUCAAGAUCAUGAACCGUGCUCGUUUGAAGCUAGAAUGAAAGUGUGCUGUACAUCAUUGCAUCCGCUGAUGGCUGCUCGGCUCAUAAAGUAUCAUCGAGAUGAGUUUUUGGCGCUUAAAAAAUCAUCAAUCUUGCGGAACUCUAGCACCACCGAUUGCAGUACUAACAAACCUGGGCCCUGUGAUGGCGAUGAUGAACUGGUGUACAAUGUGGCUAAUGGAGCACUUUAUAACUCUCAGGCUAUCGUACUAUCUGAGAAAGAGCGUCUGGAGCAAAAAGUUACUAACAAAGAUCAUGAUUUGAAAACCGCUCAGAGCGUGCUCAACCGCAUUCGGAUGCAAUUUGACAAGGAUAACAAAGAACUAAAUGAUUUGACAGACUUCAUCGCCAACGAAUAUUUCACUAAACAACUCAGUGGAGAAACGGAUCCGUUAAGGCAAUUAAUUAGCCUAUUCGAGAAGUACGAAACCAAAAACACUGCCUUGAUGGACGAGAUUAAAAAAGAGGAAGAGGAGAACAAGCGUAAUCUGCAAGAAUUGUCAGUUGUUGAGGGUGAAUUGGAGGAGCUGCAACAAAAGAAAAACAAUUUACUAAAUACGAUUGGCAAACAUAACAAGACCAUCACAAACUAUAACGAACAAAUUGACCGUUUGAUGGCAAAGAUAAACGGUUGAGCUUGGAAUGGUGAAUUCACAUUUUGUCAGUUUUCCACCAACGGAUGAAAUUUCAAUAAAUAAUAUAAAAUGUCUUUAA